AUGGAUCUAUAUAUCUUAGUGAACCAUGUCGUCUGCUACACCACAAAUGUGAGUGGCCUCCGUCGCUAUGGUUUGCGUGCGCACAGCACCUUUCUGACCGUUCCUGGAGGCGAUGGCAACAUUCCACAGUGCGCCCGGUGCACGCGUACAGGAAGGAAUUGUGUGCGAGGUCAACGAAAGACUCGAUUUCGUCAGGCGAGGGGACGAGGACCUCGCACCCGGUUUCCUGGUAAUCAGGUUUGGGUCAAGCCACCGCCUCGAGUUGACUUUGUACUAGAGUCUGGUAAUGGAGAGCUGGAUGAUACAGUUGAUCUAUCCGUGGAGAGACACCAUCUGGGCGACGGUCUGGUCUUCGGCGAUAACCCACCAACUCCCAGCCCCGAUACGCCGACAUUCCCAUCAACUAUACACAACCUUGGUGCCCUAAUCAACCGUGAUAUUGCGGAGGAAAGUCAGAGCCCAGAAUACCUACUGAUUCGGGAAGGCCAGGGAGCAUCUCCAAGGCAGCGAUCGUGGCCUUUGCGAGACCCCGAGGAGGCUUUCCUUCUGAAACAUUUCGUGGACCGAACGUCGUCAUUUUUUGACUGUACGGAUCACCAGCGUCAUUUUGCGGUCCACAUUCCCUAUCGUGCCCGAUACUGCGAUACAUUGUUCAAUGCAAUCAUGGCUCUAUCGGCACGACAGCUGAGUUGUACGACCAGCUACGAUGCCUUUGUAUCAGCUCAAUACUACCAGGCAUGCCUGGAGACCUUGAUACCGGCACUGAACGACCAGGAGGUCACUAUGGACGAUGAUCUGUUGGCGGCUACUGUUAUUCUUCGCUUGCUGGAAGAAUUCGACGUACCCUUGGCGGGCUCUGAUAUGCGUGGCCAUUCCUUCGGGACUCGGGCUUUCAUUCAGGGUCCACCACCUUCUAUGACAACAACCCCAAGCUUACGACAAGCAGUCUACUGGAGUGGGCUACGUCAGGAAAUUUAUAAUGCUCUUAGUCUACAACAAGCUCCAGACGUGGACUUGAGCUCCCUUCAUUCACUUUUCACAGCUCUAGGUCCUGACGAUGGGGAUUGUUUAUGGGCUAACCAGGCUAUCGCACACUGUGCAGAUGUCUUGUUAUUUUCAUUCGGCACGCAAGCGCGGUCUACGUCAGUGCAUGCUGACUUGCAAGAACAAAAUCAGCACUGGAGUGACAGUCGGCCACCGUCGUUUGACCCGUACUUUUUAGCCAACGAAGAGGGCGAGAUUGGGGCCACCUUCCCUGAUAUUCGGUUUAGUUCUCCCUGGCAUGCCAUCGGCUAUCAAUAUCACGAACUGGCCAGAAUUUUGCUGUUUGUGAACGACCCAGGCCUCCCAACGGUUGGACCCCUGAGGAGACGUUUAGCGAAGGAAGCUGAUUCCCAAAUUCGGAAGAGUGUCUGGACAAUGUGCGGAGUGGCAUUAUCAAACAGCGCUGUACCCCCGGCAAUGGUUGUCGGUUGCAUGGCUCUCCAUCUAUGUGGCGAUCGAUUUACAGACCUGGUAGAACAGGAGAAGUUGAUUCAAGUCCUCUUGCGCACUGAGCGGCUGCAUGGGUGGCCAACACACGCGUUGCAGGGUCAACUUAGGGAAACUUGGGGAGUACAUGAAAGUGAAACUGUCUGA